CACGUGGCUUGUACAACGUCCUCCUUCACUGCUAACAAAGCCUCCGGGUCCCAGGCAGGCGUCUGCGGUAUGUUUCAAAUUGCAGCAUCCAUUACCGAACAAUGCGGAACCUCUCGUUUUUUUCGAGUUCCCAUACCGACCAGCACGUAAAUUAUGCAGACAGUAACGCACUUCCUCAACGAUGUAACAAGCGGAACGUGUUCUUCGCCGGGUUUUUUCCUACAAUACAAGGAACAUCAUGCAUCAGUCCUCAUGUCUGAAGGAUCCUUGACGCGAUGUCGUACUCAGGGUAAGGUUCCCCUUAGCCGCAGCUUCGACGCAUACAUAUGUUUCACUUUCACGAAACCGAAACAACCUUGUCUUUGCCAUCUUCGCUUCUAAUAGAGUUUAGGCACCAUGUCAGUUCUACUAAAGAGUAUUUUACCCGUGCUCGGCAAAACUCAACUCGAACCCGGCUUCAGGUCGCCAAGUCAACAUGCCACGCAAGAGACCUGUGCUCCAGCUGGGAAAUCAGCUAUAUCGACAAUACCGAAUGAAAUCUUGUCAGAAAUCUUCGUUGCCUAUUCCCAGUCUCAGGUUCAUAGCGUAUGGGAUGUGAAGGAAGGCCCUCGACUGUUGGAGACGAUAUGCACUUUAUGGAGAGAUAUUACUAUAUCCUCUCCUCGUGUGUGGUCUUCCUUUGCCGUGGUUGCAGAAGAGGACACUGGCUGCUCGAAGAUGGUCAGCGCGCUGCAAAUCUAUCUCUCUCGCUCUGCCAGCUGUCCACUCUCGUUCACUUUCACAAGCCGGUCCAUGAUUAGCAGGUCCCACCUUCUACUUGACGUACUUGUGUCACAUUCGGACCGUUGGACGAACGUCACUUUUGACAUGCCGCUAUCAUUGUAUCGAUUUCUCACGCCGAUUCACAAUCGCCUUCCUCUCUUACAUUCUCUGUCCCUCAAAGAUACUUCUCCGUUCCAAAACGACGGUGUACUCACCGACCUCAACCUAUUCCAAUUCGCUCCGCGAUUGCAAAAGCUGACGCUUUGUGGAUUUUGGAACACCAUGCAGGAUUCGUUUCCUUGGCAUCAGUUAACCUUUUUCUGCGACGAAAGUGUACAGUGCACCACGCCCCCAGACAUACUAUUUUCCAUGUCCCAUUUGGAGGAGCUAAUCUACCGGCCAACCGCCAAGAGCAUCCUGACAACGCCUGAGGUGCAUGUUCUACCGCAGUUAAAGAGGAUCCGUGUACUAUCAGGGUAUCAUCUGAAUGCCUUCCUUGAUAGUGUAUCAACGCCUUCUGUUCAGGAGAUCACGUUGGAUGACAUGUGUUUCCGCUAUGAGACGAAAUGUGUCACGAAAAUCCUUCAAAACCUUCUCAUGCGCUCUAGAGCGUGCUUGAAGAUGCUGAAUAUCGAUCACCUUGCGUAUGGUGAUGCCUCGCAUCUUUUGCAUUUAUUCCAAUGCACUCCUCAUUUGACGACCCUCAAUAUACGAUACUGGUCUUCCCCAGAGCUAUCGAAGCUGUGUAGAGGGCUGGUGGAGGACCGCGGUAUCCUGCCCGACCUGCAAACUCUCAGCUUGCAAAGCGACCUCACGACUGCCGUUUAUGAUGUUGUAGACCUGAUAAGAUACCGUUGGCGUCCCAUGUCUGGUAAUGGCAAGCAGCUGCAGUCGGUCAAGCUCUCGGGUUAUCCCAUCUAUGAUAUUUCGUCCCUCUCGAGCUUGCGAAGAUUCUCCGAAGAGGGAUUGGAUGUGUGCUUUGGCAUGUAA